CGCUGACAGCUGAAGUUGAGACAGUGCGGUUAGGUGAGUCAGGGAUUUUGAGUCAACAAAGAGGAGGAGAAUCCUGGAAAAUGACGUUUGUUGUGAAUGACGUGAAACUCUCUCCGGACACCAGAAGCCUCCUCUUCGAUAAGCACGUCGAGUACAUUUCCAACUACGGCAAGGACAAGAGCGAGUAUGAGUAUCACAUGACGGAGUUCCUCAGGAUGUCCGGCAUCUAUUGGGGCGUCACUGCACUGGACCUCAUGGGAGAGUUGGACAAGAUCGACAGGGACACCGUGGUGGAGUUUGUGAGGAAGUGCCAAUGUCCAGUGACGGGCGGAAUUGCUGCCUGCGAUGGACACGAUCCGCACAUUCUCUACACGCUGAGUGCUGUGCAGAUCCUCUGCAUCUACGAUUGCCUCCACGAGAUUGACACGGAGGCCGUGGUGAAGUAUGUGCAGAGCCUCCAACAGCCGGACGGGAGUUUCUUCGGUGACAAAUGGGGAGAAGUCGACACGAGAUUCUCCUUCUGCGCAGUGGCCACUCUCGCCCUCUUGCACAAGCUGGACGUGAUUGAUCUUCCCAAAGCUGUGGAUUUCGUGAUGUCUUGCUGCAAUCCAGACGGUGGUUUUGGCUCCAAGCCCAAUGCCGAGAGUCACGCUGGGCUGAUGUACUGUUGCGUGGGCUUUCUCUCCAUCACCAAUCAACUGCACCGGCUGGAGUGCGACAAGGUGGCUUGGUGGCUCUGUGAGAGACAACUUCCAAGCGGAGGCCUCAAUGGACGCCCCGAGAAGCUGCCUGACGUCUGCUAUUCGUGGUGGGUCCUCGCCUCCCUGUCCAUCAUAGGACGUCUCCACUGGAUCAGUGCCGAGAAGCUGGAGCAGUUCAUCCUCUCUUGCCAGGACAAUGAGACCGGAGGCUUCAGUGACCGCACUGGCAAUCUUCCGGACAUCUUUCACACGCUCUUCGGUUUGGGCGCUCUGUCGCUCCUGGGCAGUGACCAGCUGAAGAAGGUCAAUCCCACUCUGUGCAUGCCCGAAUAUGUGAUUCAAAAGCUUGGCCUGAAGCCCCAAAGUCUGCUUGUGUAGUGCCGGAAGUCCUCCACACACAUUCCGUUCGACGCAAAAAGUGUCUAUGUUUAAUUUAUGAAUAAAAUAGAAAAAGAGCGGGA